CCAUUGUUUCAUUCCUCAAAUAAGCAAAAAAGAACACAACCCAAAAAGCUAUCAGACUUGAGGGGAUCAAUCAUCGUUGAUUUUUUCUUUUCUUUCUCUCUUUUCCUCCAAAUUUUCCCAAAAAGGAACAAUCUUUUAUCUUUGCAAAUGUGCAAAUAUUGAAUCUUGGGAACACCCGUAUCAUAAUUUGAACACAAAGGGUUACAUAUAUAAUAUUUGGAGUUAGAGAGGGAAAGAAAUGGGUGAGAUGACGGAUUCAACAUUGACAUUGAUCCAAAACUCGGUCCCAAUGAACAUAACUUCUACGACGACAAUUGUAUCUUAUGGAUCUUCUUCCAUUUUUACAAAUUUUCCCCUGGUUUCUGCUCUCAUUGCUUUUGCUCUUGCACAAUCCAUCAAGUUCUUCACUACUUGGUACAAGGAAAACCAUUGGGAUCUAAAGCAACUUGUUGGAUCUGGUGGGAUGCCGUCAUCUCAUUCAUCAACUGUGACUGCUUUAGCAACGGCUGUUGGUUUGCAAGAAGGCUUUGGAGGAUCGCUCUUUGCUACAGCAUUAGUUUUAGCAUGUGUGGUGAUGUAUGAUGCCACAGGUGUAAGAUUGCAGGCUGGACGUCACGCAGAGGUUCUGAAUCAAAUUGUAUGUGAACUUCCUGCUGAACAUCCUCUUGCAGACAGCAUACCGCUGCGCGAACUCCUUGGUCACACACCCCCUCAGGUUGUUGCCGGUGGAUUCUUGGGAUUGGUCACAGCAACAAUUGUUUGGUUGAUCACAGGCUCUGGAUAUCGAGCAUGAAAUUAAAGAAGUUGUUGCGACCAUUGAAAUAGAAGGUAGUUAUGCUACCAAAUCUUGCGGAUAGUUUUGUUUCACCUCUGGAUUGCCCUACAUGAUGUUUUUGUAGUCAACUGAAUUUUCAGAUACCUCCUCUUUGCCCCUGAAAUGUAUAGACUAGUGGUGCAAAUAUCUAUUGUAGGGGUUUACACACACAUUGUAAAUAUUGAUUUUUGGGAAUUUUGGCUACAAGAAACAACAAUAUGUUACUUUAACUCAGGUAAAAAGUAAAAUGCAAGC